CCCACGACAGCACACGCCCGCGCCCGACUCCUCCACCACUAGGGUUUUAACUCUCCCGCCGCCGCCGCCCCAGCGAGUCCGCGAAGCCAUGGCGGGGAAGAAGCGCAAGUCCGGCUCCGAGAAGCAGCCGAAGCACCGCCUCCCGCUGGGCGCCGAUGCCGACGCGGUCGCCGACGCCUCCAAGCGCCGCCGCUCGGGCGCCGCCAAGCAGCACCAGGCGGACGAGGAGGCGUCCAUCCCGUCCUCCCUCAGCGCCAAGAUCCUCCGCGAGGCGCGCAAGCAGCAGCAGGAGGAGAUGCUCGCCGACUCCAGUGACGAGGGGCCCUCAGCCUCCGCCGCCGCCGCCAACGCCCAGGCGGCUGCGGGGCCGUCCACGUCGUCCUCUUUCCUCGUCCCCGCAGCUGAUGACGACGAGGACGACGACGUCGACGAGUUCGACGGGUUUGACGCGCUCAGCGAGUACGACGGCGGCGAGGUGGAGAUCAACGAGGAGGACGAGAGGGCCCUUGCUGCCUUCAUGUCAAAGGACAAAGCUGCCGAGCUCACACUUGGCGAUAUCAUUCUCCAGAAGAUCAGAGAGAAAGACGCCGAGGUCUUAACGGAAGGACGGCCUCGUGUAAAAUUGGACAACAGCAUCAUUGAUCUUUAUAAAGAGGUUGGGAAGUUCUUAAGUCGAUACACAAGUGGGAAGAUUCCAAAAGCAUUCAAGCGCAUACCAUCAUUGGAAUGCUGGGCAGAGGUGCUGCAACUAACUGAGCCGGAGAAUUGGUCUCCUAAUGCAGUAUAUCAAGCAACACGACUCUUCUCUUCAAACAUGAAUACGAAGAAUGCUGAACGGUUCUAUGAAGCCAUUUUGCUCCCUCGCGUUCGUAAUGACAUAAGGCAGAACCAGAGGCUGCAUUUUGCGCUCUACCAGUCGCUCAAAAAGUCUCUUUACAAGCCUGCAGCAUUUAACAAGGGUAUUCUGCUGCCACUCUGUCGGGAAAGGAAUUGCACCCUCCGUGAAGCAGUAAUUAUUGGAAGUAUUAUCCAGAAAGUUUCCAUUCCAUUUCUCCAUGCAAGUGUAGCUCUAGUGAAACUAGCAGAGAUGGAGUACUGUGGCACUACAAGUUACUUCAUCAAGCUAUUUCUAGACAAGAAAUAUGCUUUGCCAUACCGGGCGCUUGAUGCAGUGCUUGCUCAUUUCAUGCGGUUUCUUGAUGAUGAGAGGAUCAUGCCUGUUAUAUGGCAUCAAUCACUGCUCGCAUUUGUGGAAAGAUACAAGAAUGAGUUGGAGAAAAAGGAUAAGGAGAAACUUGCACGUUUGUUGGAUCACCAGAAGCACUAUUUGGUUACUCCAGAAAUUCGUAGGGAACUUCGGGGCAGCUGCAACAGGGGUGAAAAGGAUUCCAAUUUGCAGACUUCCUCGCCUAUCUCCGUCAUCACAAAACCUAUCGAGGAAGAUAAGUGGGACGUACCACAAGUGCCAAUGGAGGAGGACUAGACUGUUCGAAAUUUUAUCCACUGCUGAGUGUGGCAUUCCCCAUUGUCGAAUUUUGCACUAGUUCAUUGAGCAAUGUGCCAAUGUUUUACUAUAGAGAAGUGCUGUAAUGGGCAUUUACAUGUUUGAAAUGAAUUUGCCAUGUACGCUGUCUUAAACUCUUAACCUCUAUAUGUCGUGGUGUGACCGACCUGGAACAUGUACACAUGGAGUUAGUUGACGGCAUUCGUUUGUUCUUGAGAUGCUGCUUAGCGAAUUGUUAAGUACCUCCUUGUAUGCAAUGGAAUGGAAUCAUUCUUAAAGUUAUAAAAAGAUUAUAUGGUUUGUGGCCCUUU